AUGGCUUCAAAGCGACCUUGUGGUCCUCCAACAGGCAACACUCCUGGAAAAUCGCAGCCAAAAUUAUCAAGAUCACCUAGCCAACCAACGUCGAGGAAGAGCCUAUUUAAUAAUAUUGGCGAAACAAUAGAAAAACCUUGCAAUAAAAAAGUUCCAUGGACUGAAUAUGAAACAAAAACCUUAGUGCAAUAUAUAUGCCUUUACGCUGAAGAUGCAUGGAAAAAUAAAUGGCCCUCAAACAAAGAUCAAAAGUUUUGGGGGAAAUGUGCAGAAGCCAUCAAUAAAACUUGUAGCUCAAGUCGAACAGGUAAGCUAAAAAGUCAGUAUUUUUGGAAAAGUGAAAAUGUUUAUUUCAAAAGGGACAAUGUCUAAUAAUAUAAAUGUACACUAUUAAGUAAAUUUUGCAACUUCGAUUAUUUAAUUCUUUCAUUUUUGCUAAUUUUGUAAAGGGCUGUCCUGCCGAACUCGUGCCCUCAAAAAUUUGGCCAAGAAAUAUGCUACACUUAAAGAUGCCGAGGAAGAUCUUAAUAUUGAUUAUGUUGAGGAUUGUAUUAACUUGUGGGAUGAACCUCUCAACACAUUGCAACAUGAAAGAGUGGACUAUCAAACAUUGUCUCCAAUAUUCAAAGCAUCACCUGUUAAUAGGUCAACUGAGUCAAGGGCAACUGUUGGUGACAUUGUUCGUGAUUUCGAUGCUUCCUUUAAGUCUACUAUGUCACCAAGAUUAAAGGAACAGUUGGUAAAAUACUUUUAUAAGCAGAUGGUGAUUGAAAGUGGUGGAAUGAAUUUCUUUAAAUUUGUCGGGGCAGAUUUUCUUAACAUCAGUUUAAAUGCAAUGCAGACAUUGUUCAUGGCAGAAAAGCAUAAUCUUCUGCAUAGUUUAUCAGAAUGUUUUGCAACAAAAGAUAGUGAGUUGCCAACAAGAAUGCCAUUAGACAGGAUGCCAUUUGGCUUAAUAGACUAUAAUUUGCGUUUCUUUGCUGCAAAUCGUGCUCAGAAGUUGGGCAUGGAGCAGCACUAUACUCAGUGGUUGGAGACCAUGUUUGCUCACUUUGGACAUAAAUGGGCAUGCUUGCAUCGUGGACCUUACUGGCAAUAUGAAGUGGAAGAGUUAACCAAAUUGCAACAGGAAGAAUGUGAUCUAGAUUCUUCCAACUCAAGUAGUAUUUUGGAGAGUGCUUUGGAAAUGAGUGGCAUCGAUUUAUCUGGUGAAUUUAUAACUGAUGUGAAUCAGUUCGAUAAUGGAGGUAAUUCAAAUGCGUCAGUUGAAUUAAUCACUAAAACUGAAAGGAAGUAUACUAAUGAAAUUUAAGGAACCCCUGUAUUGAACAACAUGAAAAUAGGUCGCCCCUCCUAAAAAUCUACAUACCUCUUGUAUUGCUAGCAGUCUUGGACAUAAUUUAGGGAGAUACCUUAAAUGUAGUUCAAUUAUUGAAAGGCCAUCAAAAAGGCCAUUUGCUACUGGAGAAUAUUUUAACUUUAUGGUUUUUAACACAUUCAGUGUUAAUUUUCAGUGACCUGUUAUUCAUCAGCAAUAUUGUAUCUGUAUUCUGUAGAUGGAGAGCUCGAGCAACAAAUACAUUCUACUCAGAAUGAUGAGGAAGUAAUGAUUACCAGCGUUCCUGUACCUGGGAAGAACUGCCAGGAGGAUUUAGAUGCUUCCGAAGAAUAUUUGCAUGAGACUGUAACUCAGCUAUGGAGUCAUAUCCGAGAGAACCAGCAGGAAACUCUAGCAGGACUGCAUGUGCAAAAGGAUAUUGAAAAACUUCAUGGUGUGGUUCCCGAUGCAACAAAACCAAAGUGUCAUCCUCAAGUUCCUGGAAUAUACGACCCAUUAAAGGUACGAAGGUUAAAUUCAAUCUGUUGAUUCUGUUCCAAUGCUAACAUUUUUAAUUUGGUCUUCAGAAUGUGUGAUUGAAGUAUUAAAGAGGGGUGAAUAUUUUUUUACCUGUAUCCAGAAAUGGAUCAUUCAAAUAAAGUUUUACAGAUAAACUAAAAUUGUUUUACUAUUUUUAGAGCAAGGUGAAUAUAGCAAGUGUGAGUGUCCGGCAAAUUCAAAAGCAUAUUUCGAAUUCAAGUUUUACCAGGACAGUAAAUAUUCAGGUAAAUGUUUAUUAACACCUUUGCAUGCAAUGAAAACAUGGUUUUUAUAGGUGAAAACGUGGUUAGUACAGGUCAAAACAGUAGUUUACAGUAACCCAUUAACUGGCAGUAAGAGCAAAAUUGUCUGGCAUUAUAGACAAAGUAAAAUACCAAAGUAAAAUACCUUUGCCAGUUAACAGGUUAAAAUUAUAUCCAGUACAUGCUUUGUGUGUGUUACAUAUUGUCUUAACGUUGUGGCACAUAGACUGAAGAGUAUUUUGAAAGUGUGGAAGUGCCAUAUAUAAGAUGCAUGUGUCUGUAAGAACCUUACUUAGAAAUAACACUAUAUAUAUACAUACAAAAUUCUAUGUGGAUGAUAUAGGUUGAAGCACUAAAGGAUGCCAAAAAGAACAACCAGAAGGGUCGAUGGUGGAUAAAGGCUGAUGCUUGCGAUGUACGUGCUGGCCUGAGGGAAAGCAUGCGUGGUGAGUGGUCAGGUGACGAAGACCUUGGAAAUGGCAGUGUGCAAAUACUACACAAGUUGUACAAAAGUAGAUGCAAGUCUGUCCGUAUUAUGGAACCAUGUCACAUCACAAAGUUCAAGUCAGAUUUGGAGGAUGACAUUACUUUCCUAAAGGAAGCAAAUACUGUAGCAAAACAGGAUUACGGGGCUGCACUCAAUGUUCCUGGUAGGAGGGAACAAAAACUUAUGGAACUUGCAUGGAAUGUUACUGGAAUUGAAGAGUUGCUGAAGCAAGCAAUUAAAUGA